AUGGCCGCCCAGUCACCAAAAUUUACAAAACUUUUGGCAGAAUGGCUGCCGAGGACAGGAAAUUGGAGUGUCUGCUGGCGGACUACAAGAGACGGCAAUAAAACUGAAAUAUUUCAUGAUAGAUGCAACUCAAAAGUCCCGACAUUGACAAUUGUAAAAGUUUUAAAAGAUAACAAGACUUUUAUCUUUGGAGGAUUCACGACAGCUACAUGGGCACCUCCCUUAAAGUACUAUCGGUCUGCUCCAGGUUCCUUUUUGUUUUCAUUUCGCAAUAACGAUAAUCUCCCGCCUUUCAAGUUGCCUCUGAAAGAUCCGAACAGCAGAGAUGCAAUUCUAGCAAGAAAGGACUCUGGGCCUACAUUUGGGCAUGGACCUGAUCUUAGCAUUUUUGACAAAAAUGUUAAUUUCAAAACAUACGAAAGCUACGCAAAUCCAGGUUAUAUAUAUCAAGUUCCGCCUGGAUAUACCGCGGGAGAAAACAAAACACGAGCCCUCCUUGCUGGCAGUCUGAUUUUUACUCCAGCAGAAGUGGAAGUGUUAUAUUUAAACUGA